AUGGCGCCUUCAGGUCCCAUCACGACGCCCCUCACCACGCUGCUGGGGAUCCGGCAUCCCAUCAUGCUCGCGGGCAUGGCGCACACCGCCGGCGGCGAGCUGGCCGCCGCCGUGUCCAACGCCGGCGGGCUCGGCGUCAUCGGGGGCUUCCAGUACACGCCGCAGCAGCUGCGGGACAUGAUUGACGACAUGAAGGCCCGCUGGGAGCGGCCCAACCUCCCCUUUGGCGUGGACCUGGCGCUGCCCCAGGUGGGCGGCGGCGCCCGCAAGACCAACCACGACUACACCCACGGCAAGCUGGACGAGCUGGUCGACCUGGUCAUCGAGAGCGGCGCCUGCCUCUUCGUGUCGGCCGUGGGCGUGCCCGACAGGCGCGUCAUCGACAAGCUCCACCGGCACGGCGUGCUCGUCAUGAACAUGGUGGGCCACCCCAAGCACGCCGUCAAGGCGCUCGACCGCGGCGUCGACAUGGUCUGCGGCCAGGGCACCGAGGGCGGCGGCCACACCGGCGACGUGGCCAGCUCGGUCCUGAUGCCCGCCAUCGCCGACGUGGCGCGCCGGUACCGGCCGCCCAUGCUCGGGGGCGGGCCGGCCCUGGUGGUCGCCGCCGGCGGCAUACACAACGGGCGAGGGCUGGCCAGCUCGCUCAUGCAGGGCGCGGUGGGCGUCUGGGUCGGCACGCGCUUCGUCGCCUCGGCCGAGGCCGCGAGCUCUCAGGAGCACAAGCAGGCCGUGGUGGAGUGCGGCUUCUCCGACACGGACCGCACGCUGGUUCUCACCGGGCGGCCGCUGCGGGCCCGGCUGAACCCGUACCUGCGGGCGUGGGCGGCCCGCGGCAACGCCGCCCAGGAGCUUUGCGACCGGGGCGUCAUCCCCAUCGAGCACGAUUUCGAAAACGACGUCGAGGACAUUGAGUUCCCGCACAUCAUGGGCCAGGUCGCCGGGGCGAUUACCAAGAUCCAGCCCGCCCGGGAGAUUGUGGAUGAAAUGGUGGCCGAGGCCGUUGAGCAGCUGAGGCUGGCCGACGCGUACCUGAGCCCAAGCUCCCGCAGCAAGCUGUGA